UGAAGGGAAUUUUAACAGUGAACUGCGGCAUGAAGCUCUAAGGCUGGCUUGUUAGUCAUUAUGAAAGUUCAUUGAUCGCUGUCAGUUUCUUUUUGUUUCGUUUGGGUUGCGUUUAGGUCCUCAGUGGGCGAUGUUUUCUGCGCGAUACAGAUUGUAUAUGGCGAUCAAUACAUCAACCACAAACGAAUAACUUGUAAUUGAUGCUUGUAUAGGAAAUAUCAUGGACACAGCUGAAGUUAACUCCUCCCUGAAUAUUGACAGAAAUUGAAUUGAGCCCAGAGUUUAAAUCGCAAUUGAAACCCCCUGCACCUGUAAGUACAAGGAUAGAAGAAAAGCAAGCUUUUGACAUUGAAAUUGAAAUUCUAAAGCUUUAUUUGUCUCAAAUAAUGUGUUAAUAACAAAAUUUCAAGACCUCCAAGAAAGAACAUCUGAAGAAGAGCUUAUGCCUUGGUUUACUGAUAAACCCACACGUGAAUUUGUGAUGAAGUCUACUGAGAGCACCAUAACGCAAACAUCUGAGGAUGUCAAAGAUGAUGUGAACUUAACACUUGAUGAAUUUUCGAACCGAAAAAAGUCUGUUGAACACCAUUGCUCAAUUUGUGACCAGUGUUUUCCUUUUGAUAGUCUUUUAACUCAACAUAUGCACAUGCAUUCAAAUGAAAAGCGUCCAUUUUGUGAUCGUAGGAUUUCCCAGAAAGCAAAUUUGAAAAUUCAUCUUCAAAAGCACAAAGUGGACCAUUUGCAGCAGGGUAGAAAAUCUGGAAGAAAUAAGGCCACUCUAUCUACAAGCUUUGAAAUCCCAAAUGCUCAGUCUAAUAGAAUUUGUCCGAAUGAUGUUGAAAUCAACGAGAUUGAUGUUAAGCCAAUAAAUGGUGUUGCUUUGACCCUGGAUGCUUUGGAAGGAAAUACUGCAGUUCAUGCUGAAGAGCUUCCACUUCUGCAUUGUAUGUUUUGCAAUAAAGGCUUUCAACACUCUGAAGAACUCCGUCACCAUGUAGUAAUUCAGCACAGGCCCACGCUAUGUGAGCCUGCAGUCCUCCGAGUAGAGGAGGGUUUGAGUCCUGUGGUAGAGACACACAUUACAGCAAGUUCUCCAGAACAGGAGAUUCAUGAUGAAGGUGAAGAUGGUGAACUCAGUUGUAAAGUGUGUGGACUGUCUUGUGAGAGUGCUGUGAGUCUGGAAACUCACAUGAGGAAACACAAGGAUUCAUUUAUCUAUGGUUGUAAUGUAUGCGGCCGACGCUUUAAGGAGCCUUGGUUUCUUAAAAACCACAUGCGAACGCAUUCGAGUAAAGCUCGGGGAAAAUCUCAGCCAGAUUCAGAAGGUCCUGUGACAAUCAACAAUGUCAUUAUGCAGGAACCAGUUUCUGGAAAUGUUGUAUCUCCUUAUAAAAUGUGCAUGGUUUGUGGAUUUCUUUUUCCCAAUAAAGACAAUUUGAAGGAACAUAGUAAAGUUCACAACAAAGACUUGCCUGAUGAUGAUAGAAUGGAUGAUUGUUCAUUAAAUCAAGAAAUUGUGGUACCACAGGAGGCAUUCCUGCAAAUGCUACAUUUACGUCCCCUCUUAUCUCAAAAUUGCAAACCUGUGAAACUUGGAAAAUGGAUACCCGAACUUGAUCCCUUUAAUACGUACCAGGCCUGGCAGCUGGCCACCAAGGGUAAAGUGGCAGUUGGCCGAGAGAACGUGAAAGAUCCAGGGCAAAUAGCCAACUCUGAGAAUGAGGAGGAGCCCUCGGACAAAGAGGAUUCCAGCGAACAUUGGACCUCCGAUAAAGGCCAUCAUGGUGCUACCGUGGAGACCCUUGACAAGGCUAAAAUCAAAAGCAGCAGUUUAGGCCAGAGUGGGCCACCCACUGUGGGUGAUGUUGAUAUUGACCCGAAAUUGACCCAGAAUAAAACCAAACCGACCAACUGUACAAUGUGUGGUAAGAUUUUUAGAACCUACCAUCAAUUAGUGCUCCACUCCAGAGUACACAGGAAAGGCAGGAAAAGUGUAGAGAAUCCUCCAAAUUCGGUUGAUAUCGGUGAAGCUGGCACUCAAUCCAUUGAUUCCGUUAAAACGAUUGAAGACCAUAACCCAGAAACGGACAAACCUGAGGAGGGUUCUGAAGAGGGAUCAGAAGAUGGAGUACUAGGAGAAGGACUUUCAUCAGAUCGGAGUGAGGAUGGCUCAGAACGAGGAAGAAGUAGAGAGACUGGCUCAUCUGGUGAAUGCAGUUACUGUGGAAAGUCUUUCCGCUCAAACUAUUACCUCAAUAUUCAUCUCAGGAUACACACAGGUGAAAAGCCCCAUCGGUGUCCUCUCUGUGACUACGCCGCAGCUCAAAAGACCUCACUUAAAUAUCACUUGGAGCGACACCACAAGGGUGAGCAGAAAAAGGCUGAAGAAAAGAACGAUCCUCUGAAGAAUUCAUCAGCAUCUCCCAAGUUGGAAGUAGUACCAAAAGGAAGUGAUGAACCUGUUCAGGAAUCUGUGGACUCGACAAGAUUGUUUACAGAUUCUUUGGGCAGUGCCAAAGAUUUAGAUGCAGAUUUUCCUCCGAGGAAGCACAAAGAGCUUCCUCCUUCUUGUUCUGUGUUUACUAAUGCUGUGUUUUCAAAUGUGAGCAGGGAGCUUCCUGACUUGAACAGGGAUGCUAGUUUGCAUCAUAAUCGCCCAAUCCUCUGCAAUGCAGUGCUACCAUACUGCAAAAAAUCAAAGGGUGAAAAGAUGAUGGGUGAGUCGCACAAGAAUGACUCUGAUCCAAAGGUGGUUCUUGACACUGAAACAUCAAAUGUUUUGGAGGAAUGUUUAAUGGAAGGGUUGUCAGAAGGCGGCAUUCAACAGAAUAAUGCUACAAAUACAAGAUGGGAGCCUGCUUCAAUAAAUGAUCAAUGCUAUGCCAGUACUGUAGUUAAAUUAGAGGACUUCGGUGAUCAAUCUGAAUGCAGCUCUUUGGAAAAUCCCUUGAAUCUUUGCACGGUGAUGUAUCAGAAAAGUCUGUGUAGUGAUGGUAGUCCUCUGGGAAAUGCAGCUACCUCAGUUUCCAAGAGUGCCUUACUGAGCAAUGCAUGCCCAUUUUGUACUUACAGAACUUUGUACCCAGAGGUCUUAGUGAUGCACCAAAGGGUGGUGCAUAAAUACAAUGCUGACCCAAGCCCAAUAAAUGGAAUGCGAAGUGCUGUUUGCGGUGGGUCAGUUAAAAGCAGACGCACUGGAUGCCCCCCUGCACUAUUAGGUCAAGAUGUUUCUUCUUUACUUGCCACCAAAGAAACAAACAGAGAAUUUUCUCGUCGGACCAAGUCACCAGUACCAGCAACUUCACCAGAUGCUUCAAACUUGCUGCUUGGGAAGGCAAAAUCAUCGUCAUCAUCGUCAUCAUCGUUAUCAUCUUUGUCAUCAUUACACCAGUCUCAGUGCAAUAACCUUCUUCCCUCUGCAGCAGGAUCCAGAUCUUCAAGUGACUUUAAAACAUUUAAAGCAACCCAAAAUUCCAGUGCACAUCUAGAAAAUUAUCGAUCCAUACAUACUGAACUUAGACAGAUGCCAGAUGUAGUUCAAAGAAUAGAAAGAAGUGGACCAUCAGAACCUGUCAAUAGUAAAAGAAAUAUCUCUGAAAGACCCUGUAUCAAGUUGGACUAUGAAUCUGAUGGACCGAGAGGAUCUUUAGUUAGAUUUGACAGUCUUUGGGCUUCAAAUGUUAGCAAAAUGUGUCUUGCUGAUGUGUCUGAAAAUCAGGGAGGCUUGGACUCACAUGAGCCUACAGCUAAAAAAAUGAAA